AUGGCAUCCAAUCUUAUUAUGCUUGUAUUCCUCAUUGCAACUUGUUCAAUUGUAUUGGCAUCUGAUCCAAGCCCACUUCAAGAUUUCUGUGUUGCUGAUCAUAGUGGCCCUGUUCUUGUGAAUGGAUUUGCAUGCAAGGAUGCCAAGCUAGCACAAGCAACCGAUUUCUUCUUCAGUGGGCUCCACUUACCCGGCAACACUUCAAACCCUGUCGGCUCAAAAGUAACUCCAGUAAACGUAGCCCAGAUUCCAGGCCUCAACACACUCGGAAUCUCACUAGCACGUGCAGAUUUUGCUCCGUGGGGGGUUAAUCCUCCGCACACUCACCCACGUGCGACCGAGAUUUUGACGGUGAUCGAAGGCACACUCGAAGUGGGAUUCGUCACAUCAAACCCUGAAAAUCGACUUAUCACGAAAGUGCUUCAAAAGGGAGAUGUGUUUGUUUUUCCUGUGAAUCUUGUACAUUACCAGAGGAACGUUGGUACUGGAAAUGCAGUCGUUAUUGCAGCUCUGAGCAGCCAAAAUCCAGGUGUUAUUACCGUUGCAAAUGCGGUUUUCGGGUCGAAGCCAGCUAUUGCUAAUGAUCUUCUUGCAAAGUCUUUUCAGACAGACACUAAGACCAUUGACUGGAUUCAAUCCAAGUUCUAG